AUGAUUAAUUCUGAUGAAGAUUCCGAGGAAGAUUCUGUGUCGGGUGAAAUGUCUGUAAAUGACUCAGAACAGUGUGUUGAUGAAUACAAAUCAAGUGUAGUGGAAGGUGAACCUGACCAAUUGGAAUUGGAGAUGUCUGAUAAUUUCUAUAUAGGAUGUGCAUCGAUAGUCAGUCAUACUGCUCACCUAAUGGCAGCAAGCUCUACUUCUGCAUUUUCUUUGGCUCAUUUAGCCAAAUUUUGGGCUCCUAGAAUGGGAAUAAUGUUUCUAGAUGAGAUUGAAACCCCUCAUCACAUACCAGCUUACGAGUGCUAUGCGAACGAUCGUGGUCAUUUGAGUUUUCAAGGCAGUGUCUGGCCAUCUGAGAAGGACAUUUUGCCGAAGUAUUAUCAAAAUAUUACCUACUUUAGAAAUUAUCAUCGUAACAGGCGUACGAUGAUUCGCUUUAUUGAACAGAAAUUGGUGGAUCUUCAAUCACUCCACAAAAAUGGACAGAAUCUUUACAAAUAUAUACCAUCUGGUGGAGAUGCACAGCUUAUAUCGUAG